AUGGCUACAAAAAAUAAGGGUGCUGGAAGGGUUGCAUGGAGUAGUGAACAAUUUAACUUGUUUGUUAAAAUUUGUGUUCGAGGCACUAAUUUGGGCAAGAGAAAUGGUGGUGGAUGGGGUGACAAAGGAUAUACAUGGUUACAGAAUGAAUUGAGGCAAGAUCCCAUAAAAGGCACAGUUGUUGCUCCUGAUGAGUGGUGGAACGAAAAAAUUAAGGAAAAUUCAAAUUUUGCAAGAUUUCGAGAGAAAGGAAUUGGACAAGAGCUUUAUGAAAACUAUCAAGAAUUAUUUCUAGGAAUUGUGGCUACUGGGGAAUUUGCAUAUGCACCAUCAUCUGGAGUUUUACCUAAUGAAACUUAG